AUGCGCACGCGCAGUCACUCUCCCUCAGACACACUGGAAGGAAAGGUCAAACUAAAGGCGAGCGAGCGCAGGAAGCCAUCCGCGGCACCCCCACCCCCACCCUGUCCCAGCAGCGCGACGCAGGAUGUGACGGCCGCGGGGUCCCCGGGCGCCCGCCGCCAGAACUCGCAUGAACAAUCAUCAUCGCAUGGUGGCAGACACCGAGUCCCUAGACCCGCAGUUGGAGCACGCUUUCGCUUUCAGUCGGAGGUGCUGGCGCGCAAAGCGCGGAGCGAGCUGGAGAGAGGCGCGAGGGCGCGGCCAAUUCCGCCGCGCCGCGCCGCUGCCGCCGGCAAAGUGGCGUCCGCUGCUCUCUGGGCCGCGCUGGUUGUCGGACUGCAGCUCUGGGCCGCGAUGCCAGCCCAGGCUGCGCUGCUCCCCCCUGCCCCGGCCCUGGAGCUGGAGAAUAGCACCAAAUGCCAGCCGAACCAGUACUAUGACAGGACGGCCCAGAUGUGCUGCAGCCUGUGUAAGCCUGGUGAGCAUGUACGGACCUUCUGCACCGCGACCUCAGACACAGUGUGUGAUGCCUGUGAGGACGGCACGUACACCGAGCUCUGGAACUGGGUCCCUGAAUGCUUCAGCUGUGACUCCCCUUGCAGCCCCUCCCUGAUGGAAGCUCAAACCUGCACUCGGAAGCAGAACCGCAUGUGUACCUGCAAGCCAGGAUGGUACUGCACGGCGAUGAGGAAAGAUGGGUGCCGGUUUUGUACCCGACUGCGCAAGUGCCCGCCCGGCUUUGGAGUUGCCAGACCAGGAAAUGAAAACUCAAAUGUGGUGUGUACUCCCUGUGGCCCAGGGACAUUCUCCAACACGACUUCAUCUACAGACACAUGCCGGCCUCAUCGGAACUGUAGCGUGGUGGCCAUCCCUGGCAACGCAAACAUGGACACAGUCUGCAAGGCUCUGACUCCUGCCUUGAUGGUGACCUUGGGGCCAGUCACCACACACCAGGCAGGGUCCACAAGACCCCAGCCCAUGGAAUCCACUCCAGGACCUGAUACAGCUCUGAGCACCUUCCCUCUGCGCUCGUUGGGUCCAAGCCUUCCGGUUGAGGAACUCAGCACAGGCAGUCUCACUCUCCCAAUUGGGUUGAUUGUCGGAGUGACGGCCGUGGGUCUGUUGGCAAUAGUGCUGGUGAACUGUAUCAUCAUGACUCAGAGGAAAAAGAAGCCCUCCUGCCUGCAUGGAGAAGCCAAAGUGUCUCACCUGCUGACUGAUAAGGCCCGGGGUGCACCAGGCCGCGAGGAGCAGCAACUGUUGACCACAGCUCCCAGCUCCAGCAGCAGCUCUCUGGAGAGCUCAGCCAACACCCCGGACAGGAGGGAGACUGCCAGGAACCAGUCCCAGGCACCAGACAUGGAGAAGACCAGUGGUGCUGGGGCGACCCAGACCAGCGGUGUGAGCUCAGCAGUGCCUUCCCCCAGCGGCUAUGGGACUCAGGUUAACGUCACCUGCAUCGUGAAUGUCUGCAGCAGCUCGGACCAUGGUUCCCAGUGCCCCUCCCAGACCAGCUCCAUGUCGGGGGACAUGAAUGCCAGCCCCUCGGGCUCUCCAGAGGAUGAGGAGGUCCCCUUCUCCAAGGAGGAGCGCCCCUUUCAAUCACAGCUGGGGGCACUGGAGACGCUGCAGCAGAGCCCUGAGGAGAAGUCUCUACCUCUGGGCGUGCCAGAUGUUGGGAUGAAGUCCAGUUCACCAGCUGGCGGGGGUUAUGUCAGCCUUGGGCGUUGA